AAAAGCUUCACUGGCCUAAGACAGAGUUUUCUAGGAAAUCAGUCCUGAGUCCAGAAGUACACAAGCUGAACAUUAACAAAGAAAACAGCCUCCAGCACCCACCUUCUGGGAUCCUAAAGGACAUUUUCACAACAGGAACCAGUAGCUACAACGUCCUUCUGCAGAGCAAAGAGGAGAAAAAGCACCACAUUCAAAAGCAGUCAUCUACUCAUCACAAGAAACACAGGAAAACUGCAAAGUGUUCUGCCACCUUGCGAAGCAAUGAGCAUCGCAAAAUCAAAGUCCCCCUGCCCUUGCUCAGCAGCGGGUGGUACUGCACAAACAGACAACCCUCCAUCAUCAUCACCAGCCCAGGAUCUACCAGCAGGAAGUUUACAAACAGCGUUUCAGUUGCAGGGAGCAGCAUAGGACUGCCACCUCGACCCAGAAGUAGAACUAAAAAGCAUUUUAAUCUAACAAAGCCAAAGCAAUCCCAGUCCUCAAAAAACAGUGGAAAAGAAGGUGAUGCCUCUGGCCAAAAACUCUGUUUACUGACUGCAAUCAAGCCCUCCAAUGUGGAGAAAGAGAAGAUUAAAUUCUUCAACUCAGAUUUCACAUACAAUCCUCAGUUUGAAUAUGAAAACCCUGCCCUGCCAAAUGUGUUAGCUAAGCACAGCCAUGCAUCUGACAGAUUUCUUAAGCAGUCCAUUAACAUUAUGGAGCGGACAUUGCAGAAAUAUGGAAGCUAUGAAAAGUUUGAACAAGCCACUGGAGGCAGUUUGCUGACCAAAAGUCGCAUCUGGAAUCACGUCAGGAAGUAUAUGGUGAAAGAAGGCUGUCUUGGUGAGAUUGUGGUCCAUCUCACGGAGGACCUGCUGUCUCGAGCCUCAAUGACAGUGGUGAAUGGUCGCCCCACUCUCACUAUCAAUAUCUCCACUGCGCGAGAGCACUGGCUGGAAGGGAUGCUGAGACAUGAAAUUGGAACUCAUUAUUUUCGAGGGUUUAACAACAAUAGCCAGCCUUGGUGCAACCGGAAUGGACGUAGAAAACAUGGGUUAAAACCAAUCAACCCUACAGAAGAGGGGCUAGCAAGCAUUCACAGCGUCCUGUUCCGCAAAGACCCUUUCCUCUGGAGAGCUGCCCUGCUAUACUACACGGUGUAUCAGGCUAGCCAAAUGUCCUUCAGUCAGCUUUUCCAUGAUGUGGGGAAAUUUGUCAAGGACCCCAAUACUAGGUGGGACUACUGUGUACGAGCCAAGAGGGGGUGGACUGACACAUCACAACCAGGCUGUUUCAAUAAGGAUCAGGUGUACCUGGAUGGCAUCCUCCGAAUCCUGAGAUACAGGGAGUCCAUUGAUUUCCAUCUUCUGACAGCCCUUGGAAAGAUCUCAUAUGAGGAUGUGGAUCGCCUGAAAGGAUUAGCUGUGAUUGAGAAUAUGAGGGUGCCACACUUUUUGCAAGACCAUGCCCGGUAUAUGGAACACUUGGAAAAGAUCAUGGAAGUCAAUAUGUUGACUGAUGAGGAGCUCCAGGAUCUCAUAAAUUAACAGCAGUAGCCCACCAUUCACUUACCAUGUGAGGUUGUAGAACUGGACUUCCCAGAGCUUGCAGAAAUUAACUUCUGGAGGGGUGGGAGGGAAGGGCAGCGAGAAUAUGU